ACUUCUUUUGAACCUGUGGAGUCAGCAACUCGUUCUGUAUCAACAACUCCUCAAGCUGGAGUAAGUGGAACAACAAAGUCCUCCAUGCUUGAAGAAACAACUAUGGCAAAGCAAACUACAGCCAAGGCAACAACCAUGUUGCCAACAAAGCCUGUUACCAUUACACCAGAGAGUACUCCACAACCUGUUGAAGCCACAACUGUGUCUGUCUCUACAAUUGCUAAGGCAGAUGUAACUGAAGCAGUCACAGAAAAAACAACGCCACUGCUGGAAGUCUUGACAGAAACAACUAAAGAGCCACAAUCAACAGACACCUUUUCAGUCACAGAUGAAAUAAUCAAUCUAAUUGAUACAACAACUGAGGCAGGUAUUACAGAUACAGUAACAGACGAGUUAUCUGGUGAUUUCUCAACUGUCAGACCUGAUCUCUAUUCAACAACUACAGUGGGAUCUCCAACUGUUGAGGGAAGUACAAUGGUAACAGAUGAACAACCAUCCACUCCAGGAAUUCAAGUUACUUCAGCACAAUUUGUGGAUCAAACAACAUCUGUAAAGCCUUCCGCGACAGCCCAAGAGAUUGUAUCAAAGUUUGUUGAUGGAGAGAAAAAUAAGGAUGGACUAACUUCAACUGUACCAUCAACCAAAACUACCACAACAAUAUCUGUUACAGACGAACCAAGAACUUCUUUUGAACCUGUGGAGUCAGCAACUCGUUCUGUAUCAACAACUCCUCAAGCUGGAGUAAGCAGAACAACAAAGUCCUCCAUUCUUGAAGAAACAACUAUGGCAAAGCAAACUACAGCCAAGGCAACAACCAUGUUGCCAACAAAACUUGUUAGCACUAUACCAGAGAGUACCACACAACCUGUUGAAGCCACAACUGUGUCUGUCUCUACAACCGCUAAGGCAGAUGUAACUGAAGCAGUGACAGAAAAAACAACGCCACUGCUGGAAAUUAUGACAGAAACAACUGAAAAGCUUUCACCAACAGACAUCCUUUCAACCACAGAUGAAAUUUUAAAUCUAAUUUAUACAACUGAAGCAGGUUCUACAGACACAGUAACAGAUGACUUAUCUGGUGAUUUCUCAACUGUCACACCUGAUCAGUAUUCAACAGCUACAGUUGGUUUGUCAACGGUUGAGGGAAGUACAAUUGUAACUGACGAACAAGCGUCAACACCAGGAAUUCAACUUACUUCAGCACACUUUGUGGACCAAACAACAUCUGUAAAACCAUCCGCUACAGCCCAAGAGAUUGUUUCAAAGUUUGUUGAUGGAGAGAAAAAUAAGGUUGGACUAACUUCAACUGUACCAUCAACCAAAAGAACCACAACAGUAUCUGUUACAGACGAACCAAGAACUUCUCUUGAACCUGUGGAUCCAACAACUCUUUCUGUAUCAACAACUCCUCAAGCUGGAGUAAGUGGAACAACAAAGUCCUCCAUGCUUGAAGAAACAACUAUGGCAAAGCAAACUACAGCCAAGGCAACAACCAUGUUGCCAACAAAACCUGUUAGCACAACACCAGAGAGUACUCCACAACCUGUUGAAGCCACAACUGUGUCUGUCUCUACAACUGCUAAGGCAGAUACAACUGAAGCAGUGACAGAAAAAACAACGCCACUGCUGGAAGUCUUGACAGAAACAACUAAAGAGCCACAAUCAACAGACACCUUUUCAGUCACAGAUGAAAUAUUAAAUCUAAUUGAUGCAACACCUGAAGCAGGUUUUACAGAUACAGUAACAGAUGACUUAUCUGGUGAUUUCUCAACUGUCAGACCUGAUCUCUAUUCAACAACUACAGUGGGACCUCCAACUGUUGAGGGAAGUACAAUGGUAACAGAUGAACAACCGUCCACUCCAGGAAUUCAAGUUACUUCAGCACAAUUUGUGGAUCAAACAACAUCUGUAAAGCCUUCCCCGACAGCCCAAGAGAUUGUAUCAAAGUUUGUUGAUGGAGAGAAAAAUAAGGAUGGACUAACUUCAACUGUAUAUUCAACCAAAACUACCACAACAAUAUCUGUUACAGACGAACCAAGAACUUCUUUUGAACCUGUGGAGUCAGCACCUCAUUCUGUAUCAACAACUCCUCAAGCUGGAGUAAGCGGAACAACAAAGUCCUCCAUGCUUGAAAAAACAACUAUGGCAAAGCAAACUACAGCCAAGGCAACAACCAUGUUGCCAACAAAACCUGUUAGCACUACACCAGAGAGUACUCCACAACCUGUUGAAGCCACAGCUGUGUCUAUCUCUACAACUGCUAAGGCAGAUGUAACUGAAGCAGUGACAGAAAAAACAACGCCACUGCUGGAAGUAUUGACAGAAACAACUAAAGAGCUACGAUCAACAGACACCUUUUCAGUCACAGAUGAAAUAACCAAUCUAAUUGAUACAACAACUGAGGCAGGUAUUACAGAUACAGUAACAGACGAGUUACCUGGUGAUUUCUCAACUGUCAGACCUGAUUUCUAUUCAACAACUACAGUGGGAUCUCCAACUGUUGAGGGAAGUACAAUGGUAACAGAUGAACAACCGUCCACUCCAGGAAUUCAAGUUACUUCAGCACAAUUUGUGGAUCAAACAACAUCUGUAAAGCCGUUCGCGACAGCCCAAGAGAUUGUAUCAAAAUUUGUUGAUGGAGAGAAAAAUAAGGAUGGACUAACUUCAACUGUACCAUCAACCAAAACUACCACAACAAUAUCUGUUACAGACGAACCAAGAACUUCUUUUGAACCUGUGGAGUCAGCAACUCGUUCUGUAUCAACAACUCCUCAAGCUGGAGUAAGCAGAACAACAAAGUCCUCCAUGCUUGAAGAAACAACUAUGGCAAAGCAAACUACAGCCAAGGCAACAACCAUGUUGCCAACAAAACCUGUUAGCACUACACCAGAGAGUACCACACAACCUGUUGAAGCCACAACUAUGUCUGUCUCUACAACCGCUAAGGCAGAUGUAACUGAAGCAGUGACAGAUAAAACAACGCCACUGCUGGAAAUUAUGACAGAAACAACUGAAAAGUUUUCACCAACAGACAUCCUUUCAACCACAGAUGAAAUUUUAAAUCUAAUUUGUACAACUGAAGCAGGUUCUACAGACACAGUAACAGAUGACAUAUCUGGUGAUUUCUCAACUGUCACACCUGAUCAGUAUUCAACAGCUACAGUUGGUUUGUCAACGGUUGAGGGAAGUACAAUUGUAACGGACGAACAAACGUCAACACCAGGAAUUCAACUUACUUCAGCUUACUUUGUGGACCAAACAACAUUUGUAAAACCAUCCGCUACAGCCCAAGCGAUUGUAUCAAAGUUUGUUGAUGGAGAGAAAAAUAAGGAUGGACUAACUUCAACUGUACCAUCAACCAAAAGCACCACAACAGUAUCUGUUACAGACGAACCAAGAACGGGUCUUGAACCUGUGGAUCCAACAACUCUUUCUGUAUCAACAACUCCUCAAGCUGGAGUAAGUGGAACAACAAAGUCCUCCAUGCUUAAAGAAAGAACUAUGGCAAAGCAAACUACAGCCAAGGCAACAACCAUGUUGCCAACAAAGCCUGUUACCAUUACACCAGAGAGUACUCCACAACCUGUUGAAGCCACAACUGUGUCUGUCUCUACAACUGCUAAGGCAGAUGUAACUGAUGCAGUGACUGAAAAAACAACGCCACUGCUGGAAGUCUUGACAGAAACAACUAAAGAGCCACAAUCAACAGACACCUUUUCAGUCACAAAUGAAAUAAUCAAUCUAAUCGAUACAACAACUGAGGCAGGUAUUACAGAUACAGUAACAGACGAGUUACCUGGUGAUUUCUCAACUGUCAGACCUGAUCUCUAUUCAACAACUACAGUGGGACCUCCAACUGUUGAGGGAAGUACAAUGGUAACAGAUGAAGAACCGUCCACUCCAGGAAUUAAAGUUACUUCAGCACAAUUUGUGGAUCAAACAACAUCUGUAAAGCCGUCCGCGACAGCCAAAGAGAUUGUAUCAAAAUUUGUUGAUGGAGAGAAAAAUAAGGAUGGACUAACUUCAACUGUACCAUCAACCAAAACUACCACAACAAUAUCUGUUACAGACGAACCAAGAACUUCUUUUGAACCUGUGGAGUCAACAACUCGUUCUGUAUCAACAACUCCUCAAGCUGGAGUAAGCGGAACAACAAAGUCCUCCAUGCUUGAAGAAACAACUAUGGCAAAGCAAACUACAGCCAAGGCAACAUCCAUGUUGCCAACAAAACCUGUUAGCACUACGCCAGAGAGUACCCCACAACCUGUUGAAGCCACAACUGUGUCUGUCUCUACAACUGCUAAGGCAGAUGUAACUGAAGCAGUGACAGAAAAAACAACGACACUGCCGGAAGUUUUGACAAAAACAACUAAAAAGCCACAAUCAACAGACACCUUUUCAGUCACAGAUGAAAAAGUCAAUCUAAUUGAUACAACACCUGAAGCAGGUAUUACAGUUACAGUAACAGACGAGUUAUCUGGUGAUUUCUCAACUGUCAGACCUGAUCUCUACUCAACAACUACAGUGGGUUUGUCAACGGUUGAGGGAAGUACAAUUGUAACGGACGAACAACCCUCAACACCAGGAAUCCAAGUGACUUUAGGGCAAUUUGUGGAUCAAACAACAUCUGUAAAGCCUUCUGCGACAGCCCAAGAGAUUGUAUCAAAGUUUGUUACCACAACAAUAUCUGUUACAGAUGAACCAAGAACUUCUUCUACAGUUAAAGCAGCAAUAACCUUGGCAACAGAGAGUACUCCACAACCAACUGAAGCCACAACUGUGUCUGCUUCUACAACUGCUCAAACAGAUGUAACUAAAGUAGUGACUGAACAAACAUCACCAUUGCUGGAAGUUUUGACUGAGACAACUAAACAACAAGAGUCAAUGAUCAGCUUUCUAACCACAGAUGAAAUAAUGGAUUUAAUGGAAACAACAGCUGUAGCUGGUAGUACAGAUAUUGUCACAGAUGGAUUUUCUGCUGAUUUCUCAACUGUCAGACCGGAUAGGCAUUCCACAACUCUAGUGGAUACUUCAACAGUUCCAACUACAGAAGAAAGUACAAUCUUACCUGACAAAAGUCCUUCCACUGAAAAAAUAAUAAUAACUCCAAUUGAUCUCAAGGACCAAACAAAAAAUGUAAUGCCUUCAACUUCAGGCCAACAGGUUGUGACUACAAAAGUUGAAGUGACAGCUACGGAUGGAAAAACUACACUUGCGCAAUCCACAUUGUUCACAGAAGACUCUGGGGCAGCUGUGACUGAAAAUUCAGGACUCUCUGCACCACCUGAAGUAAUCACACUGAUGCCACAAGCUACUUCAUCUGCUCUUGAAAGCACCACUUCACCAACUAGACUGUCACCUACUGUAGAUUGGGUUAGUACAACAGAAAAGAUUAUGUCGGCACAACCUUUUGAGUCGACGCCUGCUGGCAAAGACAUGACACAGGAGUCAAAGGUUCUCACUAGUAAACAAACUGUUGGCCCACCAGGGUACGUAUCCGUUGUUAUACCAAUUGCACCAACUGCUGACAAGGUAGACAUGAUCCAAACAACACUGACGUCUGGCGUCACCGAUGCCACAGUUAAGAAAGACACUCCUGAAGCUUCUACUGAGUCAUCUGGUUUGUCGCUCUCUACCUUCUCUUCUUCAUUGGAACCUGUUGUAACAGAUGAGCUAAUUAGCCAGACAACUGCUUCGACAAUCGAAAUCGGAUUCUCUGCUCCGGUUGGUCGAGUAACUAAACAAGAGGUUCAUUCAACUGCUUUGCCCAUAACAGUUACCACAGACAGACCUGACACACCUACUGGACCUGUUAAAACAACACAAUCAGCUGAGGAAAGCAGUCAAAGUACAACGGUUGGUCCACCAGCCUUUGUGUCUGUUAGCAUCCCAGGUUUGGCAUCUACGGCAUCAACAAGUGGAGACAUUACAGCUGCCGUUAGGUCACUUACUGAAAUUACCCCCCUGUCAUCAGAUAAGAUUGAACAGGUCAUACAUGAUUUAACAACUGUACAAGCUGAUGAUGAGACAACAAGACAGGUUUCUACAGACACAGUCGAAAUACUAACUGCUGAGCAAAUAACUCCUGCAACUGGAGUGUCCCAACUAAAUCUGCAGCAAACACUAAUGAGUACUGCCACAGAAAAAACUAUUUUACCAUCAACUUCUCAAUCUUCUGUUGUGACUUUAUCAACAACCAUGACUUCACCACAGCAAAACAACACUCAAGCAGUGAUCAUGAAAACACCAUCAGCAAUGUCUACAGGGUCUGGUAUAGUUACAACAACAACUAUAGUUCUAACUGAGGAUGGGAGUGGAACAUCAAGCCCCACAGAAGUCUCGUUUAUUGAUGACAAACCAACACCAAGCAGCAAGCCAAUCAAAUUGAUUUCUCAGACAACUUCAAGUUUCAAGGAAACACCAGAGAUGAGCACUCAAGGCACAACCAUGUCAUCUGACGUUGUUGAGCUUACUAAAAAAGAUUCCACAGACAAGGUUGUCAUUCGACCCAAUGCAGUCACAAUUGCUCCUGAUGUGACCUCAACAAGUGUCAAAAGCACACCAUAUGUUUCAUCUGAAGUCAAACAGGCAAUUGUUGAUACAACUCCUGCUGUUUCUGUGACCUCAUUUGCUUCCUCCGGCUCUACCAAAAUUCCUAAUGUUACUAACAACAAGUGGACAGCUAGGACAGUUAGUAAGGAACCAACGACAAUGUCAGUGACCACUGAAUCUUCAGGACUUUCUGAAACAACUGUUAUUAACACAAAAGAAACUGAUAAGGUAUCAGCGAAAACAAGUAUUACUCAAGUAAGCACUGACAAAAAUCAUGGUAUGAGCUCAGAGGCAACCCAGAGGGUCACAAUUUACAGUUCAAGCUCUCCUCAGGACUUGGAUCAAACAUCUGAAUAUCCAUCACUUUCAUCCACUAAGAUUGUAAUGACUGAUGCACCAGUGGAAAGUACUACAGUAUUUACUACUGAAGGGUUGGUGCAGAUAAUUUCAGAAGAAAUAUCAACACCCACUGGCCCUCCUGCCAUUCCGACAUUGGUUCUGUCUACCGAAGAAGUAACAAAUGUACAAGAAUCAGUGGCACCAGAUAACACAACACCUCCAGAUGGUGUUAGACGUACUUCUACAGAUGCAGCUACAGAUUUAAGAACAACAAAACAAAGUGAAGAAGGUGACUCAAAGUCAACAACUAUACAACCAACUCAAGCAACAUCAAAGCUUAGUGCACCUACAAGUCCACAACAAGCACCCACACUGCCUACUGGUCCUUCAGUAGAAGUGACAGGACAUAUGCAUACAACAACUGUAAGGAUGCCUGGGAUCAAUACAACAGAUCAGCCAGAUAAAGCAAGCCCAGGUAUCAAACCUAUUGAAAUCUCACCUCCUGGAAUCUUCACGGAAUCGAGACUUCAUAUGACAGACAAGCCUACCCUUGGGCAUGUGACACAACAAAGUACCACAGCUGUACCCCAAAAGACAAUGAAUGAUUCUGUUACUGAUGCUCAAACCACGGAAGGCUCCACAGUGAAUGAUGAACUGAUAACUGAAUUGAUGGAGCCAACCUUUGAAACAUCACAGAGUGUAGAACAAAACAUUGUGACAUUCUCAACUACAAAGACACCACAAGAAGUAAUGUCAACUGUAAAACAACAAACGUCUGACAGUCUUGCAGUGCAACCCACAGUGUUGAGUACAACUGAAGGUGAACAGUCAACUGCCGACGUUAAAGUAGCAAGUACUGUUAUCUCAGUGACUUCCAAGCCUAAAGUAUCUGAAGUGCCCGUUAAGGAUGACACAACAACUACCAUAUCUUCUGUUACUCCUGAAGUUGCCUCUUUAAAAACAUUGGCUACCCAAAGAAUGAGUGUUUCGGAAGCCAAAACUACGUUAUUAAUGUCAACACAAAAUACUGAAGGAGCUACUGAUAUGCCGGUUGAAAUAUCCACACAAAUUAUGGACAUGUUUACCACUGAAGAUGCAAUGAUGCAAACUUCACAAGAGCCAGUUGAGGAAAACAAAACAACAUCCCUUACCAUGGAACAAUCAGUAACCCCCGUUUCGUGGGUGGUCACAACUGAGGAAGAUUUUUCUGGAACAUCAGAACCUCCCAGGUUAGUUGAGAGAACUACAAGCAAGAAACAAACGGUGGAUUUCACAAUGACAGAUGUGACCACUGUUGGAAAAGUGACACACCAUACUAAAUUACCAUCUACCACGCUCACGUCUGAAACUACACCCAUUAGUACAAGUGUGUCUCAAACACAGAGACAACCAUCAGACUCAAGCUCAUCGUCACUUGACAGCGCACCCACAACUCGUCCUUCUGCAAGUGUUCAAAGCUUUGUGUCAGAGGCUGGGAUGCCAGGAUCUGGUGAAGGAACCACGGAAGGUCCACAAAAAGUUACUAAAAAGUCUCAAGAGACAACUGUCCCUGUCACAGAGAAGCCCAAGGACCGACCAACAAUUGUACCACCUCCCCCUCCAACAAGUCCGCCAAUGAGGCCAACAUCAAUUAAGAUGAGACAUGAACAUAGUUCACCUUCUACUCAUAAAACAGAUUAUCCAAGGGUACACACAACAUUAAAAACAGUUGAUCAAACUAGGGAAAUAGAAGUCACAACCACAGAAGAACCAUCUGCUGUAUCCGCUACCAGUAAAACUGCUACAAGAAAAACAGUUCCACAGUCAACUGUAAAAGGAACAGUGGAGGUAACUGGACAGACAACAGCAUUCCAAACAGAAUCAACAAUAAGUUUGAGUAGAAGUGAACAGGCAACUGAAUCCCACUUGGGGGCUGACCAUACAGAUGCUCAUCUGCUCACAUCAGAAACAACUUCAGUAACAAAUGAGGAAAUGAAAACCAUGCCAACCGUCCAGCAUACUACUGGAACAAAAUUAUCAGAGGUCACAUUGAUGUCAACUUCUGAGCAAGAUCAACCAACAGUUGUACCUUCCCUUCAUCAAACCAAAUUAACUGAAGAAAAAUCCACACCACACGCUGAAGUAACAGAAAUGCAGAUCAAGAUUACUACUCCAACAAUAGCAAGACAAACUACAUCCACCUUUAAACCUACCAAACAGACUACUCCUGAACCUACCACAAUACUUCCAGUGGAAAUUCUGACAGAGCAAACUAACACUGUUGAAGACAUUGCAACAUCAGCUGCCAUGGAUCCUACAAUUGCUCCGGUAGCAACUACCGUUGAAGAAUUAUCUGGAUCCUACCAAACAUCUCAAUUACCAUUGAAGGUUGAACUAACUACUAAGGAAGGAGAAACCACAGACAUUUUGGUAACAACAGACUUGUCCACAAUUGAAGCAGUGACCAAGCAUCCUGUACCUGAGUCCACAAAGGUUCCAAGGAUGUCUACAGAAGUGAAGUUUGAAAGUGAUACAACGAUACCCGAGCUCACCACUAGUGCCACGAAGGACAAACCGACAAUUAUACCACCUCCUCCACCAACCAGCCCACCUGUCAAGCCUACUUUGACUACUUUGCCUGUCUCCUCUACAGAUACCAGGAUGCCUGCGUCUGAAGUUACUCAAGUUGGGGAACUGAAAACUACAGGUGUUCCAAUGAGAUCUACUAUGAGGUCUGAUAAAAAGAUUGAGGAUGUUACAAGCAAAACAGAACUUACAUCAGGUCUCCAGAAGGUGAAACCAACAAUUAUGGCGUCUCCUGCACCAACUAUUCUACCUGUGAGGUCAACAUUACUUACUUCGCCAAUCUCUUUGCCUUCAGCCGAAUCUUCAACAGCAGAAGUAGAAGUACACACUGUGAAAGUUACUUCCGAACCAGAAACUUUUGACACAGGAACUACUGUUGCAAUGACAUCUGCUCAGAUUCCCACAGAGAUUAUUUCUGAAAAUAGAAAAACCUCCCCUGAUCUUAUGACUUCAAGUGAUACUUCUGAGACGAGGCACCCUGAAUAUCCUUCAACAACAAUGGAACUACUGAGGAGAACAACAAAACCUGCUGUAACAGACAAAAUAUCAGUUGAAACACUGUCAACAGUGGCACAGAGUAGUGAAGAAAAAACAACGGCAGCAGCAUUACAAUCUCUCCUGAUGACAUCUGCCAAAUCCACUGUAACAACCACAGCCAAACCUACAACUGUGCUUUCUCUGUUGAAAACUAUCUCAAAAUCUCCAAGCACAGCACAAAUGAAAACAGAUGUUCGAUCAUCUACUGAACACAUCACCAAAAAGGCUGUUAAUGGUUCUGUAGUUACAGUCAUGCCUACAGAUGGGUUGUCAACGAAGUCGGCUACAACGGGCAAAAUGCUAACCACUGAGGAAAAUAUUAAAUUCUCAACAACUGUUAGUCCCCCAAGUUUGUUAACAGUUCUGUUAAGAACCAUAAAUCGAACAACAGAAGUGUGGUUCCAACAUCCUAAAUUCUCAACCGAAACAUUUCCUCAAGAAGGCUCUGGAGAAACUCCAAUGGUCAGCCAAGACAUUUUCCUCACUACAGAUAGCGGCCUCCCAGGUGAUGCAGUUUCCUCAGCCAGCACCCCUGAUGGAGCAACACCAGAUGGAGGAGAUACAGAGACCACUACCGAGAGCUAUUGGAUCACAGAGUUGGUCAAAUCUACCUUCAGGGCUGUCACAGCUUCAGUGACUGGUCUGGGAAGCACUUUGGUGACAUCUGAUUCUGACAGGAUGUCUACUAAGACCUCAGAGACAAAUAAAACAGAAGAAGAAACUACAUCAAAAGACCCUUUCCUCUUCAUUCUACCCAUCAAGGAGGGAUCGGGAUCAGAAGAACCACCCUCUCGUACUCCACCUUCUGAGGGCCACACUUUCAUGAUACCAGCACCCCACGGAGAGGCGUCUGGAGAGGUAACGGGAGCAAGCGAGGGACAACAGCUAACUUUCACCUCCUUGUCACCAACAACACCCGAGGGAACCUUUAGGGUGUUUGAGUUAGUCAAUCCGUUUGGAGGCGUAACGCAGAAGACGAGGCCCAGUGAUACAGUGUCUCCUGCCGUCACUGCAGAUGCAGUAACAACAAAAGUGGAACCUUCAAGUAAACAAGAUCCUAGAACAUGUGCCCCAUGCCUACCUGAUGUUUGCCCAGUGUGUGGGUCAGACGGCUUCACAUAUUCCUCAGCCUGUGAGUUAAAGCGUGUAGCAUGUCUGCGUGGAUCCACUUCACUAGAGUCUGUGUAUGAAGGUGACUGCAUACCAGGGCUAUUGGAACUAGUGAAUGGUACAAAGACCUGUGCAGAGUUUGAAUGUCCAAAUUUCUACAAUCCCGUGUGCGGAAGUGAUCACGUGACCUACGACAAUGACUGCAGCCUCAUAAAGAGGCAGCUUUGCACAGAAGGAGCGCAAGACCUCACAAAGCAGCAUCAUGGGAUAUGCGAAGACUUCCUUGAUGCCACUUUCCACUUAUAGUCACUGACUGCACAAUGAGUAGGUGUUGACUUCAAGGUAAUCAAUUAGUGAAUAUUAAUUUCAAGGAAACUCUCUAAGAUUCACAAAAAAAAAAUGGUUUCAUAUAUUUUUUAAAUAUAUUUUUUUAAUUAGUUUUUUUUUUUGUAAGUUGAAAAUGACUGAAAGGUUAAAAUGAAUGAGAUAGAUCAACUGCCAGGUAUUACCAAAAGGCUUGCCACCAACUCUGAGGCUUGAAGUAGUUUCCUAUGUAUAACUCCGUCACUGUUUGGAGCCCAGACAUGAUGUAUUCUUUAUUCUGAAACAAGAUUUACUUCUAUGUUGCCUGGAUAGUCAUGUAUCUAACCCAAGACAGAGCUUGCAGAUAUCCAGGGUACUGGCAAGCAAUGUCAGACAAAACACCGUCAGGCCAAAUCUGAAUUGGUGGCUACAGUUACGGCUAUGACUGUUGCUAAGUGUGUUGCAAAGGAUGAAUUAUACUUCAAUGCAUGAUGUCAUGGAAGUCCAGCCAUAGCCAGGUCAUGGAAGUCUAGCCAUAGCCGUAUUUGUAAGAACAAUGUUCGAAAUAAUGUCUCAAAACCUGCAUGGCUGAUCCUUUUUUUUAAUACUUAAUAUUUUAAGAUUUGUGUCCUUACUGUAUAGCAAUUGUAAAAUGUUUAAAACAGCCUAGUUGCAUUUGAUUGGGCUCGUCAAGUGUGCCAUUAUCUAGUAUUAUGAUGAGUGACAUGAAGCUCUAAAACUCAUUUUAUUGUUAUUUUUGUAACCAACAUUUUUGCACACUCUUGUCAUUGAGUGUUUGUGUUGGUUGGUUUUUAGUGAAUUAUGGUGAAUGUUGUAAUAUACAUUAUUAAUCUGUGAAUAGGUUUUAAAAUUAAACUGUUUAAAAUGUUGCUGUUACACAAAUGAAAUCCUAGUUACAACUGGAAUGGAUUUAUUUGAUGUUUAGUCUUUCCUUUUGAUUUGUAGCAACAUUAGUUUUGUUUUGUUAUGUUAUUACAAGUUGAUAGCACCACUUUUUCUCAACUAUGCCUGAGAUCAUGGGGGUGCAUGGUUUAAGUCAGUAUGUCCAUUUGUUUUUGUUGGAUAAAGGUUUACAAUGAUUCAGCAUGUUUAUUAAAAUAUCUCUUUGUUAUAUAAGUGCACAAACGAACACUAUUAUUAAACUUGACUUCCAAAAUGGCAGAUCAUGGGCAGACAGUGGCUGUUUGUGAUGAUGACCCAAAGGGUUGAUAAAUCCAAUUGAUUCAGUCUGCUUCUACAUCCAUAACCUGUACACUUAACUAUGCAAUUUGUUUGAUGGUGUCUUCAUCAAACAAAACUACGGCUAAAAACUGUUGUUGACAUUUUCUUAACCUGUUCUUGGAUUCACGUCAGGAGUACUUUGCCUUCUAAAGAUGAGAAAUGCUGCACAUGUAUUAUAGUAUGUAGAGUGAUGUACUGAAGUUUCACAAUAAGUUUGGUUCUAUCUGUUUAUACAUUGUUGAAAGGUAUUUCUGUAUUAAGUACCUCUCAAAUAUUAUAUGUUAUAUGUGCCUUAUACAAUUUGUUAUCUGAUAUAAUUGUUAUCUGAUUUAACAAGUAAUGGUGUAUAAAAUGAAUUAGUAGUUUUUAUAUAACACCCGAGCAGAUCCUUGCCAUUUGAUCGGAGGAUUGUUCGUCACGUGAUAGCAAA